AUGCCAGAUUGUGAUUUUGUGAGUUUUCAAGAUUUGGAAUACCACUCCUUGUAUAGAUCUCAACAUUUUGAAACUUUUAAAAAAUUCUAGGAAUAUCAAAUUGUGACUCAUUAUUUAUAUAAAUUCACGCAAUAUUACACUGCAUUUGUCUCAUUAUUGGUCAUAAUUAUCAUGUAUUUACGAUUAUGGAAACAGUUAUACAAAUCUGUUUUUCAGAAAAAUUUAAAAUUUCUGUUUUUCUCAUUUUUCGGAAUGAUAUUUAUAUUUUCAGUUUUGCAAUUUGUUUUAGCAGUGAGUUUUAAAAAUACGAAUUCUAAACCAGCUGCAAAUUGAAAUGUACUUUGAUAACAGAUGUAUCAAGCAAUCAAACCAUAUUUCAUCACUAAUUAUUGUGAUCUUAUUUACUCUCAAUUAUCCUAUAGAUAUCUCCAUAUUCUUACUCUUCUUUCAAUGUCAACAACAGUAUUUUUUCCGCUUGUAAUUUCAUUUGAAAGACUUAUCGCAAUGUCAAAUACCGCAACUUAUGAAUAUUCAAAAUUAUUACUUGGCCCAAUUCUUAUGCUUCUCGCAGUCAGUUUUAAUACAACAAUAUUAUUUAUUGUUUAUGAUGGGGAAACAUUCAGUGAGAGUACUGUAACAUAUACUAACAUUCCAUCAACAUCUUCUACUCAUAUGAAUAUGUAUUAUGGUUUUCUGUUGAUAGUUAAUUUACCCAAUUUUGCAAUCAGUUUAUUCAUUCAAAAACGAAAUUUAUAUCUCAAAAAACGGUUGGAAAUUAAUGUUUGCAAAAUAAAAAAUUCCGAUUGUUUUAGCCUUCAACUUGAUGCAUCUCUAACUCGAAAAUAUGCAGUUGAAGAGAUUAUACAAUCAACAAAAUUCACAUUCGGUAUAAAUAUGAUGCAUCUCACAUUUUUCGGAUGCUUUCUGACCUUUAUUUUUAUAUUUCGGUCUAUUAGAAAUGGUUUGUUUCAAGAUUUGGUUAUACAACAAGUUGUGAGAGGAUUGAUGUUAUUGGUGAGUUUAAAAUUAGAUCUGAGCUAGAAAAUGUAUUCCCAGCCAAUUCCAACAAUCAAUCUUCCAAUCGUAAUACUUUGCUCCUACAUGCUCGAAUCUUUCAACAGAGAACGCUCCAAGAAAAUUGCGGGUAGUGUAAAAAUCAAAUAUACUGGAGCUGAAGGUGUCAAAAACCACGAUGAUGCUAUUUUUCAAAUUUGGAAUAAUUAUUCGAAAAAGUGA